CUGAAGGGGUAGGGUGGGGCAGAAGUGGGAAGGUCCCUGGCCUCUCUCACCUUGGGUAGAUGAAACGAAAGCACAAGGGGUUGAGCGGAGGUGCAGCUGUGAUUUCAGGGUGCCUCUACUGGGGAGGCUGCUGUGAUUUGGAAACCCCGUUUCCUUGGGUGACUGUUUCAGAAGGCCGUGGAUGAAUUGGUGCAACCCUACCCGGAGGUUGCGGGCCUGGGGGUGCCUGGCUGGAGGUGGGACACUCAUGGCCCUCUGGCUCCGCUGGCUGCUGCAAUCAGCUCCCAUGGGUGCUCCAGUGCCUCAGCCCACAGUCACCAUCCUUAUCUGGCAUUGGCCUUUCACCAACCAGCCUCCAGAGCUGCCUGGUGACACCUGUACUCACUAUGGCAUGGCUAGCUGCCGCCUGAGUGCCAACCGGAGCUUGCUAGCCAGUGCAGAUGCUGUAGUUUUCCACCACCGCGAGCUGCAGACCUUGAGGUCUCGCCUGCCCCUAGACCAGAGGCCGCAGGGACAGCCUUGGGUCUGGGCCUCCAUGGAAUCGCCCAGCAACACCCAUGGUCUCCAUCACUUCCGAGGCAUCUUCAACUGGGUGCUGAGCUAUAGGCGUGAUUCAGAUAUCUUUGUACCCUAUGGUCGAUUGGAGCCCUACUCUGGACCUACACCCCCACUACCGGCCAAAAGUAAGAUGGCUGCCUGGGUGGUCAGUAAUUUCCAGCAGAGGCAGCAGCGUGCAAGGCUGUACCGGCAGCUGGCCCCGUACCUGCAGGUGGAUGUGUUUGGACGUGCCAAUGGACGGCCACUGUGCGCUAGUUGUCUUCUGUCCACUGUGGCCCGGUACCGCUUCUAUCUGUCCUUUGAGAAUUCACAGCAUCGAGACUACAUCACCGAGAAGUUUUGGCGCAAUGCACUGGCAGCUGGUGCUGUGCCUGUGGUGCUGGGACCUCCUCGGGCCACCUACGAGGCUUUUGUGCCACCAGAUGCCUUUGUACAUGUGGAUGACUUCAGCUCAGCCCGUGAGCUGGCUGUCUUCCUUGUCAGCAUGAAUGAGAGUCGCUAUCAGCGCUUCUUUGCUUGGCGAGACCGGCUCCGUGUGCGGCUCCUGGGUGAUUGGAGGGAACGUUUCUGCACUAUCUGUGCCCGCUACCCUUACUUGCCCCGCAGUCAGGUCUAUGAAGACCUUGAAAGCUGGUUCCAGUCUUGAACUCCUGCUGCUGGGAGAGGCUCUGUGUGUGUGUGUGUGUGUGUGUGUGUGUGUGUGUGUGUGUGUAAGACUGAUGUUGAAACCUAAGUACUAGGCAUCCAGCCUCUUGGGUCACUAUGGGACUAGCCUGAGGCUCAGGUUGAUGAUCAGGAAGCAGGUAUAUGAGUAGAGCAGAGUAGGCAGUAGAAGCCAUCUGGUUGAGGAAGCUGGUGGACUUUAGAGUAGGGAUCUCAGGAAAGAGACAACAGCGUGGAAGGAAUUAGUGAUCAUAUCCUCUUACAAGCUAAUCAAACAGGAAAGGCAGUUGAGUGUCCCCAACUUACCUUGAACGGACCCAUGCUCAAAGCUCAGACUAGACAGGGAGUAUUUCUGUAGCUGGGAACAUCCUAGGCUUUGACUUUUGGGUACAAAACUACAAGUUCCUGAACCCCCACAGAAAAGGCACUCGCCUUAGGGGCGCAGGUGCAUAUUCUAGAACUCUGGGUGCAAACCAUAUGCUGGGUUCAGGUGUGUGUGUGUGUGUGUGUGUGUGUGUGUGUGUGUGUGUGUGUGUGUGUGUAGGGAGGACAGUGUGGCUGAUUCUAAGCUUUUGUCAUUACAGUCCCCUCAGGGAAAGAGUUGCCACUAAUAAAGCCACUGACACAGAUCUCCUGGGUCAGGUCUGUGAGGCAGCAGAGGCUACCA